AGUUACUCGGAUAAAAAAUAAAUGAAGCAGUACAAAAAUAACACAGAAAUCUGAUGCAGAAGAUGUCACACAAAGUUAUCCCUAAGCAAGAUUUCUUUUGUUUUUCAAUUCACUUGCAUCUUUAAAUCCAAACAGGGAUUUUUUUUCCUUCACUUGCCAAGUCAAUGCCUUACCAAAACGGAGUAAAAGAGAUCCGCUUGAUAAUCCAGUCUUUGACAGACAGAAUCUCUUCCAUGAGCUCGUACAUCCCUGUCCUUGGAGUCCUUAGGAGUGAGGAGAUGGCCAACCCGGUGUGACCAUAUCAACACCUAUUCCGCUGCAAUAGAAAAAUAUUCCGAUUAGAGUUAUGCCUGGAAUAUCGUUAGUCCCUAGCUCCACAAAUACUUUUAAAAGUCUCCCAUUAUAAUAAAAACCAAAUAGCUUGUGUUUAGUCGUCACCUGCACCCGAUCCUACACUCCUUUAACAACAAAACAACCAAAUUUCCAAAAACGCAGGCUAAUCUAUGACAUUUAGAAUCAGGAGGAUGAGAAGGUGAGCGACCACAAGCUCCAAUCCCGUCAGAUCACCAACCGAAGAUUACUCUCUUAAAGCCCUUCACCUACAUAAAAGCCUAGCUGCAGCUCCUAAUCUUCACAAAAUAAAAAGAAAACCCUACAAGCUCCUUUCUUCGCCUAUAGUUUUCUUCAUCCAUGGCUUCUCGCAGUUGCCUACUCCUAGUUUUGCUUGUGACAUUAUUUAGCAGUGAUGCAAGCUUUGCGGCUCGCCAUCUUUUAGACACUUCAGCUCCAGAGGCUGCACCGGCAUUGCCGACUUUGCCUCCAAUUCCUACACUGCCAAAACCAACGGUACCGUCGCUGCCGACCACCCAGCUGCCUCCGCUGCCAUCCAUGCCGACACUUCCGAAGCCAUCGUUGCCACCGAUGCCGACGGUGCCGCUGCCUAAGCUCGCGGCACCACCCAUGCCGGCUGGCCCAAUGCCUUCCCUUCCUCGGCCCGCAAUUCCAACCAACGUGCCCGUUAUCCCCACAAUUCCCACCAUUAAUGCAUUGCCUCCGAUGCCUAAAACUCCAUUGCCAACCAUUCCUUCCAUCCCUACAAGCAUUCCUCCAAUGCCAUCCGUUCCCACGAACAUGCCGUCGAUCCCCGGCCUCCAGCUGCCACCCAUCCCUUUCCUCUCCCCACCCUCUAGCCCGUGAGCGCCUCAAGAUUGUGAAGAACAUUGGGAGUCAUUUGAGGGUCAGUGGCAUCAGUAGUAUGAAGAGAGGGGACUUGCAGUUGUUGGUAUGAGAGGUUUGAGUAUGUUUAUAUAUGUAUUGUUUGGUUGGUGAGAGGUCAGUGCAUUGAUGGUUCUUUUGUCAUGUAUUGAUCAUUUCAGUGACUAGAAUAUUUCUUGCAUAGCAAGCAUUAUGGUACAAAUUAUAU